GGCAGGGGGGGCCAAGAUCGGACUCCCAAGAAGCUCUAAGCAAGCUCCUCAUCCGGCCGCGGCCAAUCACGGAGCUGGCUGGGCCACCUAGCCGAGCCGGCCGACGACGACAGACUUUGUCCAUCCUCAACACCCUUCGCAGCUCGCAAGUCCCCGGAAAGCGGUAUCUGGCACCUUCUCAUCGCGCCCUCGUCCCAGACGCUGUUUAUGAGAUAAAAGUAAAGACUGUCGGGUCUUGGUUGACGCCGUAACUAUAAUGUCGCACCAUCCCUCCUUCACCCUCGCCGCGCUCCUGGCGGCCGGCGGCACGGCGGGGUACGUGCGGGCGGGGUCGACGCCGUCGCUGGUGGGGGGUCUGGGUCUGGGGCUGUCGUACGCGUUUGCGGGCUACCUGCUGCGCGAGAACAAGGACUACGGCGCGGAGCUGGCGCUGGGCAGCAGCGUGGCGCUGACGGCGGCCGCCGCGCCGCGCGUCGCGCGCACCCGCGCCCGCGCCCCCGUGCCCCUCGCCCUCGCCGCCGCCGGCCUCCUCGCCACUUACUACUACCAGCGCAAGGUCCGCGAGUUCCGCUUCGGCGUGUGAGGGGGGGAGUGGUGGUCGUGGUGUGGGGGAUGGCGGUGGGGAGGGGUAGAUGGGGAGAUGGGCUG